GCGAAAACCGCCUCCGUUAUUGUUCGGCCCAGAAAGUCGUUCCAUGUUCAAGCGCCAUGUCAUGGCCCACGCCGUGGCCAUUCGACAAUUCGCCCUCGGCAACCCAAACUAAUCCGCAUGUCAAGUGUGCAAGUUGCUGUCGCGGCGUCCGUCCCCAACAUGAAAACCAUCGUUGCCAAACAAACAAGAUAUCGAUUGCUGUACACGGAUGAGAUGGUCAAGUCCCGCUACGACGCCGUGCUGCGAACGACCAUGUCCCUGGCAUCCCACGAAAAGCGAAGCAGCAGCAACGCAAGGCUAGCACAAAAAGCCAUGAAGUACCGCAACCUGGAUCAAGCGAAACUCGCGAUCAACUACACCGACCCAAACGUCGACGUGUUUCAUCACAUGGGGAUCCAGUGGUGCAAAGUCGAAGGAUGCACUUGAUUGUAUCGCAUCAACCCUGUUAGUUAGGCUGGUUGUGGUUUGCUGUAGAUAGGAGUUGUCUUGUCAGUGCAGUCAAGGCGACUCGAUCAAUGGAGGUGUCUUGUCGAGUCAUUGCAGUGUCUUUGAGUUCACCCAGCAUUUGUAGGAUAAAUUGAUUCUCUUUCACUCUACAAGCUGUCAAAGGCGUCGUUCGUGCAGUGCCAAAGCGGUCUGCUGAGCAAGAUAGAGUCUUUGUCGAGUUCCUCUCAUCUAACCGGCGAUGGGUCACAAAAUCUGUUUAGAUGUGUAUCUGCUCUAUGGAGGCAACGCAUUUUUAGUGUGAAGAUGACAGGAAACAGGAGCAGAGCGUGAUUUGGUUCAUGUGGAGGCGCCAACAAGAUUCGAG